GUUAAUAUCUUAAAUAAAUCGUUAAUUAUUAUGAGACACAUCCUUAGCAAAGCGUUGUUUAUGAUGUUAAUCUAAUUUUGAAACGAGUGUUUGAUAAAAAAAAUGUGAUCUCGAAUAUGAACCGAGUAGAACUAAAAACAUUUCAUUUUAAAUAGUGUAUAGAUAAAUAGCUCUCUCAACCUUCAUUUUAAGUGCUUUUUUUAAAUUUGUAUUAAUAAAGAAGCAAAAGACAGGAUUAACCGCGAUUAAUACUCAUCUUUUAAGUGUUUUCGUUGUUUUUGAUCGUUUUUAAUUGCUGGAUAUAGGACAAUCCUAUUGCUUUAGUUAUCUUUUUGUUCUUGGAAUGAAUCGGAUGUCAUAAAACGUCGCGAUUUUUUAAUCGUUGUGUAAUUUGUUGGGAAAUAUUAUAAAACUAAGAGUACAUAUUUAGUAAGGUAUAAGAAAUAAAAUGGAUGGGAGAAUCGGUAAUGUUCGGGAAGAAAAAAGAUCGACUUUUAAACAAAUCAUUUUCGGAUUAACCGCUUACUUUACCACAAUAGCACCGAGCAUGUCCCUCGGGUACUCAGCAGUUGCGCUUCCGGGGCUCACCGAUCCUAAAUCGAUGUAUUUUUUAGAUAAAGAUCAAUCAUCGUGGUUCGUGAGUAUUGCAACAAUUUCAACACCAAUCGGUUGCUUCUUAAGUGGCCCAAUUUCGGAUAAAUUUGGGAGAAAAGUUAGUUUAUUAACGGUCAACGUCGUCACAUUCAUCGGAUGGGUCAUCAUCACUUUAGCCCCGAAUUUUCCAAACUCCUUUUAUUCCGUGUUAUUAAUCGGCCGGGUAAUCACCGGAUUAUCAACCGGAUUAGCCAGCAUGCCGGCGGCCGUUUAUAUGGCGGAAAUAUCAUCCCCUAAAUUAAGGGGGAUGUUCACAACAGCCUCUGCAAUCUUCUUUUCGUUAGGAAUUUUGGUCGUUUAUUUUUUAGGAUUUCUAAUGCCAAGUAAUUGGUCGAAAAUAUCGUUAAUCACCUCGAUUUUUCCCGUGAUAUCAAUGACGAUAACGACGUUUUUUCUACCGGAAAGUCCGCAAUGGUUGAUCGCGAAAAACAUGGAUCUCGAAGCCAAAAAGAAUUUAACGAAAAUCUUCGGGUUGGGCGAAACGACCGGAUUAGUCCAGGAUGAAAUUCUUGCGUUAAUCGGAAAUCGAGAUCAAAAUCUCGCUCGAAAUCCCAAUAAUAAAAAAUCGUCGUUUUUACGUUCCGUUUUGAAAAAAAUUCGUCACUUUCAAAAACCCGCUUGUUAUAAACCGUUUGUAAUCGUGUUAUCGUAUUUCUUUUUUUUGCAAUUUUCGGGGACUUUUGUAAUUAUUUUUUACGCGAUUGAUAUUGUUAAAGAGGCGGGUGUUAUUUCGACGGAUCCUUAUUUAAUUAUCGUUUUAAUCGCUUCGACUCGUUUAGCUGGGGCGAUUUUGAUAAGUUCGAUAAGUAAGAAAUUGGGGCAUCGCCCCCCAUCGAUUAUUUCCGGCGUUGGGAUGACGCUUUGUAUGAUAACUUUGUUUAUUUAUUUAUACUUGAUUCAUUUAGGCAUUAUUGGGGACGAUUUAAAAACAAAAUUAUCUUGGUUACCUAUUUUUUUGUUGGUUUUUUACUUUUUUACAACAACUUUGGGGUUUUUAACGGUUCCUUUUGCGAUGGCAGCCGAGGUUUUUCCCACAAAAAUUCGCGGAUUAGCGACUGGCUUAGUGACGUGUUUAGCGUAUGGUUUUAAUUUUAUUAUUUUAAAAUCCUACCCCACUAUGUUGAAGUCGAUGGGAAAUUAUGGAGUCUUUUGCUUUUAUGGUGUUAUGAGCUUUAUUGGAACGAUUUUUAUUAUUACUUGUUUGCCAGAGACUAAAGGAAAGACUUUGAGUGAAAUCGAAGAGUAUUUUAGUGGGAGGAGAGGAUCGAAUCGAAUCGAUAAAAGUUAAAAAUAUUCGCGUUUUAAAUUUUUAUGUAGAUAACUUAUUUUUAUAAUUAUAUAAAAUUAAAUAAU